GUGAUGUUAAAUGAGAAUAGUGCACUCGAAAAUACCCUGAAACAGGAUUUGAAAUAUGUGAUUUUAUGACAUUUGAUGAGAAUUGUUGGAAAGGUAAAGACAUUGAUUUUGGAAAUUAACACAAUGAUCAACUUGCUGCCUCUUUUAGCACUAGGCUUGCAGUUCCGAGCAAUAGAUGGGAUUCAAUGUGGUACAGCUACGUUUCAACCAGCUACAUUUACAUCACAACGAGAUGUUUCUCUUGGAAAGCGGAUUGUAGGUGGGAGAAGUGCCACGCCUGGCUCCUGGCCUUGGCAAGUGAUGUUGAAAAAGGAUGGGGAAGUAAAAUGUGGUGGCAGCAUUCUAUAUAACAACGUUAUUCUUACAGCAGCUCAUUGCCUAAAAGGUGAAACCAAUCUACAGGCAUGGGAAGUCUAUGUUGGAAAAUAUCACAAGGAAAGCACAGAUGAAACAGAAAGACGCCACACAAUAGAACGUUUCAUACCCCAUGAAAAAUUUAACAGCCGAACCUUAGAUAAUGAUAUAGGAUUACUUGUUGUAAAGGAACCAAUUGAGUUCACAGAUUACGUUCAACCUAUAUGUCUGCAUCAACCCAAACCACCAAAGAACAGAGUCAGACCACCCAAAGGCCAGUGUUUCACUACCGGGUGGGGUAAAACAAAAGGGACUGGACAUGAUGAUGUGCUCAAAGAAGUUCAGCUCGACCGAAAAAUUCCUUUAUUGUGUAACCAGUUUUUGUUUGGACCGAAAUUAAAAUCACCACCAAAAGAGAAAGGAACUGCUUUUUGUGCUGGCUAUCAGAACGCCGAUGCAUGCUAUGGAGACAGUGGCGGGCCAUACAGUUGUAAAAUCGGGGGGAAAUGGUAUAUAAAAGGUAUCGUAAGCUCUGGCCGUGACUGUGGGCAGCCCGGUUGGUACGGGAUAUAUGCCAAUGUACCGAUGUUUAUCGGUUGGAUAAAUCGACAAAUUACUUUAUUAGAUCUAACAUUAUUAUUAAGGUCCCUUUGAUAUUAGUUUGAGCCAAAAGAUAUUUUUCACCCAAUCUGACUGGAGUACUUGAUCUUCUCAACGAACCAUUCACAUUCAUCUUUCUGUAUAUUUAGAUUUCCAUAGUGCUAUUUUUAUUUUCGCAAAUCUAGUUUUAUUUGAACCAAUCAGACGACUCGUUUCAACAAGCAGAACCAUCAACAUAGCGUUGAAUGUCAAAUGUGCAGUCAGUCCGGGGCUAGAACCCGGGACCCCUCGCUUACAGGGCGAGUGCUCUACCGACUGAGCUAACCGGCUGUCUGACACCUUACGUGACAAAGUCCGUACCGUGAUUUCUCGCAAAACGAGAGGGCGUAGUCACGAUGUGGUCGUCAUAAGAAUUGUAAAUGUGAAAAACCCAGGGUAAUUAUGUAGGGAUAAUACACGUUUUUUUUGUGUAUUAACCUCUGCAGAAGCCUGCGGGAUUGUUUGGUGACCGAGACCAAAGGUCGAGGUCACAAACAUAUCCCAAGGGCUUCUGCAGAUGUUAAUACACAAAACAAACGUGUAUUGUAGCUAUUCUUGCAUAAAAACAUUUCACGACGACUAAAUGUAUUGUUUCCAUACGUGGUGACUUUACGAUUCCGGUACAUUUUCUAAUUACCACUCUGGUUGUUCUUGGAAAUGGUAAACAUGUUUUAAAUAUCCGUAUCCAGGGCCCAGAAAUAAACAACACCAUCAGAAGUACAUCCUGAAGGUUUUCAAACGAUAUUUAAAUCUCUAGUUAUUACAAAUAUGAAAUUACUAAUAAUUGUACAUGUAACUUAACAAUUUGGUGAACAGGAGCACAAUUUCAAGAAGAAUAACUUUACAUUCGAGUUAAAUUGUGUACGGACACAUUUGGAGUACGGAUGAGUACGAACGUAGUGUCAAGGUUUCAAACUGAUUAUAUAAAUUCUUUGAGAAAUUAGAUAGAAACAUACCGAUUGAUACUUACCAAAAUCAUAGAUAUGGUUCCUAAAAACAAACAAUCUUUCUAGUUACACGCGAUUCUUUAACAUUCACAUUUAUCUACAAAAACUAAAACGACGCACAGUUCUAAAAGGGGAGUAAACAAGGGAAGAAGCGAGUACGAACAUUGUUGGGGGCAGCGCAUUUGGCGUUGGUAACUGAUACAGCAAAACAUUCUAUGGUUUAGAUUGCAUCUUUUAUGUUACAUGAAGAGGUUUUUAUGAAAAGAACAAGACGCAGAUACCAGAUGUCAGUCUGCGCAGAAAUACAGUACGACCCUGGGAAAGCAUUUCAAAAAUAAAAAUCGGGUAUUAACAGCAUGUGAAUUGCCUUGUUUGCACACGAUUUUUCUCAUGUUAAUUAAUACAUGGGCGGAUCCAGUGAAAAAGGUAGUUUUUAUGCAAGAAUAAAUGUUUUAAACUUCUACUUUCACUUUCAAAAUGUUGAAAGCAAGGCUCUGAUUGGCUAGCGGAAUGGUAAUCAGAAUGAGGCUAUCAAUAGCACGUCUUCAGAUCCAAAGCGUAGCGUUAAUUAGAGAUGUACUUUAGUCAGAUUGUUUUUCGCCCAACAUUCAUUAUGAAAUUAAAAUGACUUAUGUCCAUGUAGUUGUAUGUAUAAACAGUAUUGUGUGUAAGGUAACUAAUAAAUGUGUAAGUUCCGCUGUAUGAGUGUGUUUAAGGUAAUGGACUCGUAACGGCACUCGGCAAUAUCCGUGUGAUUACGUAUAUUCGUAAAGCAGUUCGGCAUUCUCCGGACAUAACUAUAACUCAACGCCUAUGUGGUUUUCCGUAAAAAUAAAAUGGGGAAUGCCGAAACAGCAUUUGAAGAAUACGUAAUUUGCCAAUUCUAAUUACCGGUCCACUACCUGAAAUGGCAAUUAAUGAUUGAGCCGCGCCAAGAGAAAACCAACAUAGUGCCUUUGCGACCAGCAUGGAUCCAGACCAAUUAACCUGCACAUCCGCACAGUCUGUUCAGGAUCCAUGCUGUUCGCUUUCAAAGCUUAACCGUUAGCGAACAGCAUGGAUCCUGACCAGACAGCGCGGAAGCGCAGGCUGGCCUGGAUCAAUGCUGGUCGCAAAUGCACUAUGUUGGUUUUCUCAUGGCGCGGCUUAUAUGAUUUUAGUUCUGACUGCAGCUGAACAUAGUCAAUUAAUAUGUAUAACCAAAGUUAAAUAUAUUCAAUAAGGAGUUCCUAGUUUUUAAUAAAUUUAUACUAAUAACAUAUUUUUGUGAAAGUAUAAGAUACAUUUUAACGAUAUUCAUGUUCCUUCAUCAAAUCAACAUCCAAAAUCUCUUUGACAAUACACAUUAUUGCAUCAAUAUUGUUGUCGGUUGCAAAAUGACAUUUUAAUGAUAUCCAAAAUCAAGAUGAAAUGUAAAUUUCAAUAAACAUCAAAACGUAUUGUGGGAAUUACACGUGUCGGUAGGUUUGGCUUAACACCAAAUUUCUGUUUGCUUUGUCGUGGUAUAAUGGACUAUUUGAUUUCGUUUUUGUUGUUUUUAUAUUUUGUAUAUACGAAGUGUUUCUGAUUAUAAAUGAAUAUACAGAAAACUUGCGACUUAUCAAAGUUGAGAUAAAAUUUACUGAUUCGAAUUACAUUAGUGAGAAACACACCAACGUUUUACCAGCUAAUCCUUUCAUAACAAAUGUGACCACAGAUUAACACGCACAUUAAGAUAUAAGUUAUAUCCUUUUCUUCAUAUCUUAGAAAAGCUUUAGCUGCGGAUAAAGUAAUGUGCGUUCCCGUAAGAUUGUUUCCCAUGUUGCUCUGUCUUCUACAAAGGCACCGAGUACACGCGCUAAAGGUUCGUAAGGAUAGCUUUUUGUGUAAAUUUACAAGAGCAUUUUUGCGUUUAACAUAAUAAUUGUGUAUGUUAGGCUUUCACAUGGCGAGGAUAACUUUUAUUUACACCGUCUUCUGACUUUGGAACAUGGUGGUGGUAAGAAUGAAGUCAGGUGCACCAUAAACCGGUUUAAGCCCGCUGUGUUUGAUUUAUGUGUGUGUUGGUCGGGUGCACGUUCGCGUGCCGGGUUAAGGUCUGGGAGGCUGCGAUUAUUUUUAGAACCCGGCUUUCCCUGAUGGAUAUUUAUCCUAGAGUUUACAUUUAAUUAACAAGAAGCAGCUAUAUCAAACGCUCUCGGGUUAUGCCUCAACAAACUGGUCACUUCAGGUUUAGUAAUAUAUUGAAAAGAUUUUCUAAUUUCCAAGAUAUCAGAGGAAACUCUUUGGACUUGGUAAAACGCAAAAAUGAUAACAUCUUCUGAGAAGCUAUUUGCAUGUUACGGGAAAAUAAUCAACAUAUUUAUAGACUUUAGAAAUGACCAUCCGCCAAUAGAGAAAACAAAACAAAACCAAAAGAUAACACAAGCACUAUUAACAGAAUACAUAUAUUUGGAAUUCAUUUGCAACAUGAUAAAGUAUGACCCUAGCAAAUUAAAUGAAAAAAAGUAUUUUCCAAUCCGAUUCAAAAUAAACAUUAAAUGCUCUCGGGUUUUUGUUGAAAAGCCAGACGCUUGAUAAGUUCGAUUCUGUUGUCAUUUAGAUUUCAAUGUACAAUGCUUUAUUUACCCCAUUGACAUUUUAUGCAGCUAUGGCAAUUUGAUAGUUAACUGAUAUUUUAUUUAAAGUACUUCCGACACAGAAUUAGAAUUAUCGAAAAUAACACUUUAUUUUCACAAGUACUUACUGCACAACAACUUGAAUUUUAAAUUUGGGAUUUGAAAAUUUUAUUUUCUAUAGUGUAAAAUCUUACUUUUCGAAAAUGGUCCGUUUCAUCACUGUCUUGUUGCCGUUGUAACGCACAACAGCCGUUUUAGAAGAGAGUUUUUAUUAUACUCAAUUGUUUAACAUGAUAAAAACGUUUUGUGUGAUGGGUUAUGAAGUGUGGCAACGAUUUUGAAAGAUUCCCCAUAUACAAUUUUUCUCUUGAGCAGUGCAUAAUCUGUGAACUUCAAAUUAACCCUUAUCAUGCUGGUCACGAUUGAUUCAGUCUUUGCGACCAGUGUAGAUCAUGAUCAGCCUGCACAUCCGUGCAGUCUGAUCAUGACCUGCACUGUUCGUCAUUCAGUCAGUAUCUUUUUGGUAAGCACCCCUUUUGACAGUUAAUGGUACUGUCCAAAUUGAAAUAUGGACAAGUUCAUUAUAGCAAUUUAGCAGGAUAAGGUUUAAUAUUUUGCUUACGCGAAUACUUAUAUAAGGACGUAUGCACAUUGGAAUAUAACCGUCUAUAACAUAUUUUUGUUAAUUACUUUAAUUUAUGCUAUAAACAUGUUACUCUUUCACUUAUAGAACAUGUCUUUUUGCACAAAAUGAAAUAAAAACUAAAUAUAUCAUUUAUGAACUAAGAUUUGGUAUAAAAGUAUUAUGAACCAAUAGAAUUUUAAAGUAUUUAAUUUAGAUGUCACAAUGUCAUAGUCUAUGGGCUAAGAACACUUUGUUCUCAUACCAUUUGAUGAAAUAAAACAAUCCUAAUUCA